AUGUGUCGCCAGCACACCAAAACAUUCCUCUGCCUCUGCCCCCACCGCAACGACCCCUCGCGCUGCCCACACGCCGCCUACCUGCGGGUGCGCGCCGAGGCCGUCGUCGACGAGCCGCUCGCCGACGGCGGCUGGUACACGCGCAGCUCGCCGCAGGCCGGCCAGCGCCACACCGCCUGGGAAGGCUACGCCGUCGCCUGGGAGCACUGCACCGCCUACCGGGUGAAGCACUUUGACCGGAGAACCGGCCUGGUCGCGGAGGGGUUUGAGGCCGAGUGCAAAGAGACUGCUCGCGGUGCUGGUGCUGCCGGCAGCACUGCUGGCGCGGGGGACCAGAAGAAGGAAGUGAUGAAGACGGUGUACGUGUUUGGCCUCUGCCAGGGCUGCAUGGGCGGCCAUCAAGAAGUGCCGGUUGGUAGUGAAGGCGAGAAGAAGAAGGAGGCGGUCGGGAAGUAG